UAAUUUUUUUUCUCCCUAGUUGUACUACUAUAUUUCAUUCACAAUGUAGAAAAAAAUGGAAAGUCUAGUUCAUGGUUUCGUACCACUAUAUAAAUAUUGAAGAUGCCUAUAAAACGUCAUUGCUGCUGCAAUUUUUCACCAGAUAAACAACAAACAUAUAAAGUGAAAAGAAGAAAUUGUUCCAGAGAUUGCUACCUGAAGGACUGUAUGGUAUAGCAUCUGCAAGAUGUAUUUCAAUAUACCAAGCUUGCGGAAUGUUUUUGUUUUUCUUGUUAUAUUUCCUUAUUUAUCUCCUAAAGCCCCAUGGGUUCACAGAACUACCACGUCAAAUUCAAUUUGUUCUAAACUCGACUUCAUAACUGCAAGGGGUGGACUUUCAUUAAAUUUUAUUCCUAAUAUCAACUCAAUGAACAUAAGUAGGAGUAAAAACUUGGAAGUUUAUAGUGGUUUUGCGGACGGUUUGUACAAUGGACACGUGAAAGAUGUCACUCGCGAAGAAAAUAGACAUCAAAAACAGAGACAGGGUAGAAGGCGUGUGGCAAAGAAGAAGCUUCGAAGCAAUCGUAGACUGUUACCACUUAGACAAAUUAAACGAAACAAAAGCACUGUAAAACGCAUUCACACCGGAGAGCAAAAUCAAAAUAUAGCAAAACAAAAAAUCAUGCAAAAAGUUUUAGACGAGCUACAAUCGCACAGUCGUUAUCAAAACAGCGAAGAAACAUGUGCAACACGUUAUGCAAGAAAUAUCAUUUCUGACUCAAACGCAAAAUUUCAUCCUUACAAGACAUACGGCUCUCUGAUUGAUUCAUCGUUGACGAUAGACAGCAGAAAUCGACGUCAUGUCACCGGUAGCAUUAACGAAGCUCAAGAACCUUCAGUCGCUUACUUCACUGGGAAUACCCUGCUUCGACGAAAAGUUGACCUCAUAUCUGACCUUUUUACUGUGGAAUUGUGGGUAAAUCCAGAAGGCGGACAAAAGGACCCUGCAGUUAUUGUUGCUUGUUAUCGCACGAUGGAAGGAGGGCGUCUCGAAAGUGUGUGGAAUCUCGGAAUAAAAUCCAACGAUGAUGAAACAGUUUUCUAUUUUUCAUUAAUAAAAUCUACUGGAACGGUAACGGCAUACUCUCCGUAUGCUUACAAACCUGAAGAGUGGACUCAUUUCACCGUGAGUUCCGGCGAAGAUGGUACUAUCAGACUGUACGUGAACGGGGUGCAGGUGGGGGCUCGACACGAACCAGGAAGCGGCGAAUUAUCCAGACAAGGGGCGCAAUGUGAUACCCUGCUUUUGGGAGGAAAUGAGAAAAUGACUCACGGAUACAGAGGAAUGAUCGACCAACUCAAAAUUUUUUCCCAAAUUCGACCGCAGCAGGAUAUUACUCGAGACAUGUACAAUUUUGAAACUUCUCACCUCACCGAUAUCGUUCAAUUAAAGGAAGACUUUGAUAGUUUUCGACAUAGUUGGUUAUCAAUCGGAAGAAAUGAACCUAUCAUUUUGAAUAAAGAUAUUCCAUCUGAAGACCGCCGAUUACAUUUUCCGGAGGUGAGAGCACCACCCUGCGGACAAACUAUUUGUGACAAUCCUGAAAUCGUUCGCAGUUACGUCGACAACUGGACUUUACGUAAACCUAAAACAUUGCGAUAUAAUAUUGUCAAUAUAAACCAAGACGAUGGAAGCAAUCCCAUGUUUACAGUGGAUGACGUCAAACUUCAGAGUGCUGUACUUAGCGAAGUCUUCGAUCGUCACAACAUUACUUGGGUCCCGACCUUAGUUCACAUUAACAAUUCAAAAUUAAGAGGAAAAACAAUUGGAUGCGAACCUACGAAAAUUGGGAACCAACAAUGUAACGUGGAAUGUAUGCAUGCGAGACUUGGCUAUGAUGGAGGCGAUUGCGAUUUGAUAAAAAGCGUGUGCAGUCCAGAACAAAAAGGAGACGGACAUUGCGAUCCAGAAUGCAACAAAAUAUACCAUAGUUGGGAUUUGGGUGAUUGUUGCAUACCUAACAAUACAAACACUGAUGAUACCUGCUUCGAUCCAAAGUCUCCUCACAGAGGAUAUUUAUGUAUAACGGAAUACAAAGCUUUAGUUGGAGCUGACAAUGAAAAACAACUCAAUGUAUUGUUCGCAAACUGGACAAAUCCCAACUCUAUCGGCAUUUCCACAUUUCCCUGGGACAAAGAGGUUUUCACGUCACAAGGCGGAACAGUAGUUCAACUAAAACGAUACACAACACGAGAAGAAAUGUCAGGUUUAGUUCAUGAAUUAGGACAUAAUUUAGGAUUGUUGCACGUACACCAUGGAUCCCAUAACGUUGACUGUGAUGAUUCUUGUGCGGAAUUAAGAGCAUCAAUGAUAACAGGAGAUCUGUGUGAAGAUACAAAUCCAACACCAAUGAACAUGUACUGUGGUGAACCAAAUGGAUCUCAGGCUGUGUGUAGCAUCCAUAAUUUUACGAUGACGCCUUAUACCAACUUUAUGAGUUAUGCCGAUGGUUCGUGCCAAGAUAAUUUUACUCCUCAACAAAGAGGAAGAAUGCAUUGCUACAUAGAUUUGGUAUACGGUGAAUGGAGAACUGAGCAUGUUAUUUCCCCGAUACCAAUACCCCCGAAAAUAGUCUCAGCUUCUGCUUCAGACAGAACUGUUGUUAUAUCAUGGGCGCCCCCAAUAGAUGGAAGAUUAGUUGGAAACGACCGGAAAUGCGAUUCACGAUGUUUAUCAGAUAAAAUGUUGAGACAAUAUGGAUUUAAUGCAAGCUCAUCAGAGGAUAUGUCCCUACACAGACGAUGGUCUGCAGAACAAGCUACGGGACCACCCGAUCAGGAAGCUUGUACAUUACGGGGAAUGCAUUUUUGGAUGCCACCUGACACCACUACACUAGACGAUGAUUGUGGAGCAAGAUGUUCUCUCGAAGUUGAUUUUAAAGAAUCGGUAAUACCGUCAACAAUACGCAUAUGGGUAACGUUUGGCACUGAAGAUGGAGAUGGAAUAAAGAGCAUAGAGCUUAUUCAUCACGAAGAUAAUACUGUAACGACAAUUACGGAUUUGACAGCGACUUGUGACACACCGUUAAGCGUACAUGUACAAACUAACAAACCGACUCGAAAAAUUCGCAUCAAUGUCAAUUACCCAUAUACUGCUGUGGACGCCGUAGAACUAAUAUCGAAAAAAGAAAACAACUUAUGUGCUGGAUGCAGGAGAAUAAAAUACAAAAUUCAUCGAGAUCCACCAUUUCCAAAUGAACUCACGAUGACGACAGAACAGCUCCACCACGUGGACAAGUCAUGUGAAGAUGGCGUGACAUACUUGUACUCUAUUCAACCCAUCCUACUUCCACAUUACGGUGAAAUAAGUCCUCCGGUAAAGUUCCGUCUUGGGCAAACUUUUUGUGGAGAUGGUAUUGUUCAGGAGCUUAAUUCGAAUGAAGAAUCCGAAGAAUGCGAUGAUAGUAACAUGGAAAAUGAAGAUGGAUGUAAUUCAUUCUGCCAGAUUGAACAUGGAUUUUAUUGCAAAGGAGAACCAAGCAUUUGUUACUGGUACGAUGAAGAUGGAAUUUGCGAAGAAUUCGAAGAGCCAAACUCCAUUGACUGUAAAAUCGAAGCUACAAAGUUAUAUCUACAGCAAUGGGCAGUCGAUGCAACUUCUUCGUCUGCUGCAUUAGAAGCGCAUUACCUUUUCUCUAAUAUGGGGGUUUGUUCCAGCAGUACAUCGGUAACUGGCCCUCCAGAUUCUGCAUGUGGUAGCCAGAAUGGAGUCUGGUCGCCUUGUGUUAAACACGGAUUGUCUGUAGAUGCUGAUGGACAUUGGAUAAAAGUAGUUUAUCGGAUUCCCGUUAUUCCAUCAACCGUUACAAUUUACACAAAUUCGAGAGAAGACGAAACUCGACAAGAAGAAUUUACACUUUUACUACCAUAUGGAGAAGAAAUAUCUUCCGGGUCGACUACAAUAUACUGCUUACAAAACCAGAUUGAAAUUGAAAUUCCUGACAAACAAAAUCCCCAAAAAAUCAAAGACUUCAUUUUAAAAUUCAGUUCCGACAACGUAACGAUUGACGCAAUUUCUCUGAGCUCCAUGCGAAAUCAUGAAGAAUUACCAGCACAAAUUCCUGUAUUAUCGGAAUGUCGAUUGGACUUAAAUUUUGUAAAUUUUAAUGUGACGUGUCAUACUGAAACUGGGCUUUCUGUGGAUGCCUCUGCUGGGAAUACUUUGCCAAACAAAACUAUCUGCGAUGUCGUCUGCAAUCCAGGGCACAUACCAAGGUCUAUUCAAAGGGUAAGAUGUCGAAAUGGAGCAUGGGACUCAAGUGUCAAAUGUAUACCGAUAUCAUGUGGACCGCCUUCGCAUGUCCAAUUUGCAUCGUUUUCAUGUCAAAAUGGACAUAAAUUGAACGCGAUUUGCAAUUUCACCUGUUGGAGACAAGCACGGUUGUUUGGAUCUGAUAACAAGUUCCAAUGUCAAAAUGAUGGUACGUGGUCGACACCAUCAGCAUAUUGUGAACCUAUGUGCGGGGCUCCACCUAACAUAGGAUUUGCAACUGCUGGUUGUGAUACAUUGUCAAAACGAGCAUCAAGGCCUGGAGAAACAUGCAAAUAUCGAUGCAAAAACGGUUACCAUGUCACACAACAACCGUUGUUGAGGAGAACUUUCCGACUUACUUGUGGUUCAAAUGGUGUAUGGGAAGGUCCAGGAUGUCAGCCUGCACUUUGUCCACCAGUUCCCCAAAUAUAUAAAGGACUUUACAAAUGCACGCAAGGAUUUGUGUAUGGAAGUGAAUGUACUAUGUCAUGUAACCCUUCGGAGUCAGCGACUAUGGCAUCAAUACGUUGUGACAGUAAUGGCAAAUGGAAUGCAAGUUUUCCAAUGUGUGCUAAUAUUAAUACAACAUGUCAAUUUCCACUCGCUCCUCCUGGUAUUGAGAUCGCAUGUGACGGAUACAAUACGGGUCAGACAUGUCGAGCAAGAUGCGUUUUGAAGGACGGUCUUCCAGCUUUCGAUAUUGUUGCUAUGAACGAUAAAUCAGUAUUACCAGAACCCAACAGAAAAAGCAAAUUAUUGGUGUGUCUUGGAGAUAGCUGGUUCCCAAAACCAGAUCAACUUUACUGUGUCGAUGAAUGUGACGCCCAAUUUAUUGGCGAUAGAUGGUGUGACAAGAAUAACAACAGAGAAUAUUGUGGAUGGGAUGGUGGUGAUUGCUGUGCCAGUACAGCAAAAGGAAAACGGUCAACAUGUGCACACGAAUGCGACUGCAAAGAUCCAAACGCCGAAGAGAAUAAUCCAGUAAUUGCAAUCCUAGCAGGAAAGCAAACAGAACUUGACAUGAGAAAUCAAGUUGAACAAUUCCGCGCUUCUGAUAGUGGAAAUAUUAAAAUCAAGGCUAGAGGGAGCAAAGGCAGAAGCAGUGUAUCAGGUAGAGUUGGUAGCUUUGACAUGGCUCGGAGAAAGAGAAAAAACAGAAGGCGUGAGAAACUUGAGUCUAGUCCUUAUUUCGAUGGAAGGUCAGCCAGAAGAAAAUACAGAAAUAAAUCAAAAAGAAUGAAUGCAGCUUCGCGAAAACUGCGUCGGGAACGAAAAAGGUCAAGGGGGAAGCGUAUCAGAGGUUGAAAAGAUAUAAAUAUUUCCUGCAGGCAGCGCCGGAAUUCACUUUGAUCGCGCAGUCGAGUCAUAUGCGCAGUGUGAUACUUCAAGAAGCAAUGCGAUUUUUAUAUAGCCUUCAAAUUUAUUCUUCAAGCUGAGUGUGUCGUGAAGCCAUAACUGAUUUGCGCUUUGUACUAUUAUUGCUUGCCACAGUAAUGCUUGCCAUUUGAGAGAACAAUGCGAUUGAUGUUUUAUAACAUUUUUAGAUAUUUCUGUGUCUAUAUAUUAUAUAAAUCAUAUAAUACA